GGAAGCCUGUUUUGUCUCAGUGGUACCGAGCGGUGACGUCAGCAGCGGAUGAAGAUAUUCUUCCUGAAUGGAUUUUCUGUUGCCAAAAGCAUGGGACCAUUCCUACCAAGCCAUAAAUAGGAUGGCAUAGGCAUGUUUGUGCAGAAAUAAAUUGGCCUCUAACCGAACAUAGCUUUGUGUUUCUUUUCAGUGACUUGCGGACACAAUGGCUACGGUGGGGGAGAUACACGUGGUCCCAAGUGGCAAGGUGUACAGGCAGAUGUUUGAUGCCGAGGUGCAACUGGUGCGGUCACUUGGGGAAGUGCGUGCCAGGGCAGAGCGGCAAAUGCUGUCUUUGGACAGUGGGCAGCUGAGAGACGUGGGCACUCGUACCACAGGAGUCCCUUCUCAUUACCAACACAUGUGGGAGGACAGUUUGCCUUAUGGUUACGCCACUGAAGACCCAGUUGUGCACAGAGAAAGGACAAGAUCCGCAAUUAAGAAAAAUCAAGAAAGCAAGGAGGAUGUAGAUAUCAGUGAAGUCAGAGGUCUUUGUGACGUGAUUGUUCCUGAGAAGACAGACAGCGGGAUCCUGCAGCGUAUAUCUGCAAACCGGCGUGAGCGCCAUGAUGUCGCCAUAUCAGAUCUACACCACGAUUUAGCCGAUAUCAGCAGGGAGAUGGAGUCAGAUGUUUUGGAGGUUGGAAAAUCCCUUCAACAAAAACUGUCGGAGUCAGAUGAAGAGAUUGAACUUCUUUUUCAACAGAUCGAAGACGGCAACAAUACAAUCCUUGACAAUAGAACGCUAAAGGAUAUUUGGGAUAAGGUGACUGAGGCGACACUGUGCAGAAGACAAUGGAUAAAUGAAACAGAACAGAAUUUAUUUGAGCUGGAGGAAAAGCGAGCAGAGCGAAUCACUGAAAUACUGAAAAGCUACACAGCUCUCCUGACAGAGAUUAGCUAUCUCAUGCAGUCCGAUGUGCACAGAAUGGUCCACUCAGAAGCUAUGAUGAUAAAUCAGGCCUUAUUAGCCAACCACCGCGCUAUUGCCAGGCUGUCUGUUAACCUGAUGGAGGCCGACCUGAAGCGAGAGGGGGCUCUGCGCCUGAGGUGGCAGGACCUGAACAUGCAAUGGAAACGCUAUCAAAAAGAGAAACUGCUGCAGGAGCUCCGGGGUUUUGCACACAAUGAGCUGAGUCAGAUCCCGGGUUACGUGAAAGCUCAGGUGGAGCAGUUGAUGGGUGAGCAUCAGACAUUGAAGGACAAGAGGAUUCAUUAUCUUCAUGCUGUCAGUAACUUUGUACCCCCUUCAUGCACCAAAGCACAAGUGUGUGAGUGGCACGCGUCCCUGGAGCAAGUACAGAUGCAGACAGAUGUGUUAAACGCACAAUUUGUAGACUGGCUACGUAGCCAACAGGAGGACGUGUGUCAGAAAUGUGUAUCCGAGGCUCAGAAGUGCAAAGCACAGCUGUGGGAUUUGGGCAUUUGUAGCUCAGAGGAGGCAGAUAACAUAACCGCUAAUGAGGUCCAUCCGCUUAUAGAGCAGCUCCGGAUGCAUUUUGUCAAGGAGCAGGAGACUGUAUUGAACGCGUUAGACAACGUAUGUAAACAAAUGGUCCUUCAGAAUGAAAACGUGUUCAGAUUCGCCAGCCAGGCUAUUGACAUAUGGGAUACAUUAGAAAUGGGACUCUUGCAACAAGAGAAAGACAUACAGCAGAAACUGUCCGUCAGCCAGCAGAAGUAUGAUGCAGUAAACCAGGCAAAAGAAUCCGCUCUGGAUAUGAUACUGGACAGACUGCGCCAAGAGAGCUCUCAGGAGCACUUACAGAGCACCUUGGGGAAGGCGCUGGCGUCUCUAGAAGAGAUCAAAGCUGGGUAUGAAAUGUUUAAUGAGGAGCAGUCGGAUAUAAUAGACUCGUAUCCAGCCAUGGUCCUAGGGGUACUAAGGUCAUACAGCUCUGCUGUUAGCGAGUACUUUGGCGUUAAGGAAGUGUACGGACAGGAGAUUGAUUUAAAUGAUGAUGAUUUAAAGCAAAUACACAACAAAGCCUAUGUACCUAAGAAUGGAAAAUUAGACCCUCCAGAAGAGAUGACAUCAGGGGGCAUCUACAGUAAAAUAGAGAGGGGUAUGCCAUCACCUGAACCACUGCAGGAAUUACGUGACACAGCCAAGCAGCUUCCCCAGGAAAUCCCAGGAGGUAGAGCUAGUGACAGAUCAAACAGUAAAACCAAGGAUGAGUCUUUGGUGGAAGUUGUGCAGGAAAAUGGAGAGCGGACUUUUGUGCAGAACCAACAGGAGGAACGGAUCGAUGCGCCAGCUCCUGACACCCUUGUGUAUCAGCUUCCUGAUGUCACAAAGACUGAUGAGGCUGAUCUUCUUAAAGUGACACAGAUGAACCCACUAACAUAUCAAGAGGAAGGGGUUGGAGGACACGUGACCCACAAAAUAUUCACUACGUCUAGAGGAAACAGAUACACUGUCCUUCUCAGAGAAGAGGAUGAUGAUGAACUAAAUUCCAUAUCCUCAACAGAGCAAGUGAAGGUUGAACAAGUUUUCCUGACCGAAGCAGCAUCAGAAGACAAAAACAAACUGAAUCUGGAUAUAAUAAUCGUAUCAAAGAAUCUCCUAUCAGAUUUAAAAAAGAUCCUCCGACUUGGUUUUUACGAGCACCUAGAGGGCUGGUAUGACGAAGCAAUCUCAAAAUCUCUCAGCAUUGUGAUUGCUAAGAAGGAGGAGCUGAAAGCUGAACUCAAUCUGCGAUAUCACAUGCAUGAGCCGAGGAGCCAGCGUAUAGAAAUGGACAUCCAUAAUGUCAGAGCUGCGGAGCUUGUGCACCAUUCAGAACGUGUCACGCAUCACUGUGCUGGGGUAGACGCAGAACUUAAACACCUAAAGGCUCAGACCUCAACCCUCAUUGAAAACACGAAAAAGGGGACAUACAACUUUCGCAGCGGAAUUAGUUCUAUGGAGAAGACUUUCCUGGGCAGUGCCAAGUCUGACAAACUCGAGGCCAUGACAAGCUCCCUCCCUUCCAUCCUGGACAGUCAUAUAAGCAGAGUUCAGACGGUAAUGAGGAACUACCGGCAGCAUGUGGAGGAGACACUGGGCAGCCUGUGUGACACUAACUCUGAUUUCAUAAAAUCCUUCCGGUUGUUUUCAGAGGGCGGUAACUUCUCUCCUGAUGAAGUUGAGGUGUAUCGCAAACAACUGCACCAGGCAUCCGCUGACAUUGCAUCCUUUGAGGGGUCCAUCAUGGUGGAUCUUGAGGGUGUGGAAUCGCUUUGUUUAGAGCAGGCAACGGAGAUUGUAAAGAAAUGCGAAGAGAAAUUCAUCGUCUUAACUGCAGACAAGAUUUUCUUAGAAAAUAUCCAGAAACUGCUGACAAACCUGCAAGUGAAAAUCAAAACUAUGGUUGUGGACAGCAAUUUUCAGGCAAAGCAGAUAAACACCCACCUGCAACAGAUCGAGCAGAAGACAGACGCCUGUGCACGUCCCAACAUGGACAAAGAGGUGGUAACGGCCGAGGAACUCUACGGCUUUGUCAGAGCAGUGAUGGGAGAACUGAGAGAACGAGGCACAUAUCUAUCCUGUCUGCUGGAGCCCACUGCGUGUCUCUCAGAGCCCCCAUUACAAGGUCCUAUUGCGGCAGCAUCUCGUGCAGACACACCGGUGCGGCAGGAACACAAGAUAAUGCUGGGAACCCCUGACGGUUUACUAAACCCAAGCAGGGUUGGGAAGCUGGCUCUAGAUGACACGGCUGUCAGUGUAAUCCGGGACAUUAUGAGAGCACAGCAAGCAGGAAACACACGGACAGAGCACCCAGAUGCAGACACCCGUCACCCAUCAGUGAUACGACACAAUGCUCCCAUAAUGCCCCAUCCACCGGACCAACCUGCUACUGGUUCCCAAAACAAAAAGAAAGUUGCUUCAUCGGAAGGAGAAAACUCUACCCAGAAGGCGCCAUCACUAAGUGUACGGAAACUGAUAAAACCCAGCAGGUUUGACAAGAAAUACCAAGUAUUUGGGGAGAAGAUUGAGGAGUCCAGCAAUUUCAAAGGGAUUCUUAGGUCCAUUCUAUGGCAGAGCAAUGACACGCUGCUGUACGUGGCUGAGGAGUUCUACAAAAAGAAGGAGAGGCGCAGUUUUGAGCGCUCUGAAUUCCUCCAUGAGAACUUUGAGGAUUGCGCAGACAUGCUGACGCUCAAACUCCAGUCCUAUGAGACGCAGGCUCUAGAGUACCACAAUGCGUGCUUGUUGGAGUUUCAGGAGCAGUUGGAGCAGUUUGAGAAGCUUGUGAGUCAGGUGCCAGCCCUGGUCAUAGAGAGCCAUCGGAAGCGACACCUGGACACCAUGUUCAGCUCUGCGCAGCAGAUACGACAAGCGUUCCUGAUAAAGCAGCGCAGCUGGGACGUGACUAAGGAGGAAAUAAAGAGGUCGCUGCGGCCAAGCCUGGGCCACCCUGAGAAUUACCAGAUGCUGGAGAACCUGUGCCAACUGGAAGAGAAGCGUCAGGAGGAGGAGGCGGCGGACAUCAGCCACAAUGCCAAACAAUUACAGGACUGUGUUGCAGAGUGUGCCAGGCAGUUUGCCUCAUCGCUGGCGUCCCUGUGCGAGACAAUGCUGGUAGAGCUGGACGAUACACUUACAGCUGAUGACAUCACACAAGCCAAGGCUGAGGUACCUAAGGAGAAGUUACUGACCCUGAUUCGCCGCAGACAGUCCGGGCUUUCCUUGGAAAGGACAGAGCAUCGCCCACUGAUAGAGAGGGGCAGCAGAGUCUGGCCAGGAAUUACUCUCAUGGAGGCCAUAGAACCGAAGCAAGGAGACUUUACAGGCUGCCGCACAACUGCGUCUGUGACCAGCGCUAAGACUACCCUUGGACACGCCUCUGUCUUGCAAGCUCGGGAUUCUGCUUACUUGAAAGCCAACCAAGAUGCCGAGCUGGAGCUUGAGAAGAUUCUUGAGGAGACAAAAGAGCAGCGUUUUGAGGCCGAGCGCUGGAAGACCUGGUGGUCCCAGUCUGUUCUAGAGAUUAAACAGCUGUAUGCAUAAAACGUACCGUCCUGUACCCCUCAUGUGAUGUCACAAAAGCAACAGAGAGAUGGUGUAAAUCUCCUGCACAAUAUUAUUUAUAGAUGAAAUAAAGCAGCUAUUCCAAUA